UUGUCCCACUCGGCGCGCCGUCAGUCUCUAAGGGGGGGUUCUCGAGACUCUUAGCAACGCGGGCUGCGCGCGGGGCCCUCGGAAAGCCAUGGCUGCAGCCAACCCCACCGUCUUCCUGGUGAUGGUGAACGGGCAAGUGGAGAGCGGCCAGUUUCCUGAAUUUAAUGAUCUCUACUGCAAGUAUUGUUUCGUUUAUGGCCAAGACUGGAUACCAACAUCUGGCUUAGAAGAGGGAAUAUCUCAAAUUACUUCUAAAAGCCAAGAUAUACAGCGAAGCCUGGUGUGGAACUUCCCUAUUGAUAUCACCUUUAAAAGUACUAAUCCUUAUGGCUGGCCACAAAUAGUGAUAAGUGUGUAUGGACCUGACAUUUUUGGAAAUGAUGUGGUUCGAGGUUAUGGAGCUGUACAUGUGCCUUUCAUUCCUGGUCGACACAAAAGGACCAUCCCUAUGUUUGUACCAGAAUCAACAUCUAAGCUGCAAAAAUUGACGAGCUGGUUCAUGGGACGAAGGCCUGAAUACACAGACCCCAAGCUAGUAGCUCAGGGAGAAGGAAGAGAAGUUACAAGGGUUCGCUCCCAGGGCUUUGUUACCCUUUUGUUGAACGUGGUGACGAAGGACAUGAAGAAACUAGGCUAUGAUACCAACACUUUGGACAUGCAGACCUCUUCAGUGAUAGACCUGUCAGAAGGCAUCCUGAAGUAAUUAUGAAAUAUUACCAAUAUCCUUUAAGUUAAAUAGCAUUUACCUUUUAAUAUGUUUAUAGCCAGCCCCAUUUUAAAGCCAAACUCCUGAUGUAUACUAAAUUUAUUAUUGUUAUGUUUAUUUACUUAAGUAUCAUUAUAUUCAUGUCACCUUGAUAGCACCUGAAGCCAAAUAUUUUUAUGUAAUAAAUAGUUAUAUUAUUGGAGAAGUAAGUCUUUUCAUGGUUGUUCUUCCAAAUUCAGCACAUUCAGUACCUUGAAACUUUGGUGCAAGCUUAAACAAAUUUUCUUUGCUUUAACAGUGGCAGUUAGGACUAUAAACCAGACUGCCAUUUUACAUAUUUUCAGACCGUUUUAUGCAAGAUUAGUUUAAUUUUUUGUAGAAAAUAGACCAAGUACUAGACUAGGAAUCGAGAGAUUUGGAUGCUAGACCCAUUUAUGACACUAACAAUGUGAUCUCAGGCAAUUACUAAGGUCCCUUUCAUUCAUUAAGUUGCCUCUACAUGAAAAACACUGUCCUGGACACUAAGGACAUACCAAGAUUAAAAAAGGAAUAAUCCCUGUCUUCGGGAAGUAUGCUGUAGUAGGGAAAUAUGAUACAUUGACAAAUAACCGUCAUGUAAUACAAAGUAACAUGAUAGAUAUAUAAGAGAAAGUCCACAAAAGUCCUCCUGUGAUGCUUUCUUGUAGUGUGGAGGUGACCCUUGGUUUUGAGAGGCUUGCCAGUAGAGCACAAGCUCCAAUGGAGUUUGGCAUGCAAGAAAAAUAUUGAGUAUAAUCUCAGCAACAGGGUGUGUUUACGUUUUGAGGAUCAGCCUAAGUUCCAAGUGGCUCCUUACUAGUUGGUUGGCCACUGUGUGAUGAAUUCUAUGGCUGUGACAUGAAACAAAUCCUCAGUGGCUCCCUUCCACUUCUGUAGCAAUUGUGUCAGAGUACCUAAAAAAGCAGGCAGAGGGUGCUAAAAGUCACACUGUUAGUCAAUGACUGUAGUAAUCUACUAUUUGAUAAACCCAGAGACCCCAGCUUCUGAGAUAAGACCUCACUAUUU